AGGAGACUGAUAGCAGCUUUCCAUUAACUGCUGCUCCUAUCAACAUGUUGCCUUCAUAUAUUAAAGAGGCCUCUGAAGAACAGAAUCCUGAUGGGUACCAGCUGGAUGUCCUCCACAUAAAGGAGGAAAAUGAAAUAAUCUGCACCAGCCAGGAAGAACAACUGAGCUUGAAUGAAAAGACUACCAGGUUUCCAUUAACUGUUGUUCAUAUGAAAAGGAAAGAGGAUGAAGAGACGACUUUAUUCUCUUACCUUCCUCAACAGCAAAAAGAAGUCGGAGUAUUUCCAACCAGCACUUCAUCUGACUAUAUACAAGGGACAAUGAAAGAUGGUAACACAUAUGUGGAUUCAAUAAAAGUUUUUGUAGCUAGUGAGAAUUUUAACAGGAAAAAAGGAUCACAUUUAAACAUACACAUGAGAAGCCAAACAGGAGAUAAACCUUUUGGUUGUGAUACAUGUGAUAAAAAUUUUUCCUCAAAGUCAGGCUUAAAGAAACACAUAAAAACCCAUACAGAAAAAAAAAACUUUAGUUGUGAUGCUUGUGGAAAAAGAUAUUUCAUCAAGUCACAUUUAAAUGUACACAUGAGAAGCCACACAGGAGAGAAACCUUUUGGCUGUAAUGAAUGUAGCAAAAGAUUUUCCAUCAAGUCACAUUUAAAUUUACACAUGAGAAGCCACACAGGAGAGAAACCUUUUGGUUGUGAUGCAUGUGGUAAAAGAUUUCCCUCAAAUUCAGGUUUAAAGAAACACAUGAGAAGCCACACAGGAGAGAAACCUUUCGGUUGUGAUGAAUGUAGUAAAAGAUUGUCCACAAAGGCAGGUCUAGAAAAACACAUGAGAACCCAUACAGGAGAAAAACCUUAUGGCUGUGAUGAUUGUGGAAAAAGGUUUUCGCUUUUGUCAAAUUUAAAGAUACAUAUGAGAAUCCACACAGGAGAGAAGCCCUUUAUUUGUGAUAAGUGUGGAAAAAGAUUUUCCUUCAAGUCAGUCUUCAAUAGACACACAAGAAUCCACAGGGGAGAGAAGCCUUUUGGUUGUGAUGCUUGUGGGAGAACAUGUUCCUCAAACUCAGAGUUAAACAAACACAUAAGAAGCCACAUGGGAGAGAAACCUUUUGGUUGUAAUGAUUGUGGAAAAGCAUUCUCCAUCAAGUCACAUUUAAAUAUACACAAGAGAAGCCACACAGGAGAAAAACCUUUUGGCUGUGAUGUUUGUGUUAAAAGAUUUUACAUUAAGUCACACUUAAAUGUACACAUGAGAAGCCACACAGGAGAUAAACCUUUUGGCUGUGAUGAUUGUGGAAAAAGAUUUUAUAUCAAGUCACAUUUAAAUUUACACAUGAGAAGUCACACGGGUGAAAAACCUUUUGGUUGUGAUGCAUGUAGUAAAAGAUUUUCCUCAAAUUCAGGUUUAAAGAAACAUAGAAGAAUCCAUACAGGAGAAAAACCUUUUAGUUGUGGUCAUUGUGGAAAAAGAUUUUCCAUCAAGUCACAUUUGAGUAUACACAUGACAAUCCACACAGGAGAGAAGCCUUUUGGUUGUGAUGAUUGCGGAAAAAGAUUUUCCGUUAAAUCACAUUUAAAUAUACACAUGAGGAUCCACACAGGUGAGAAACCUUUUGGUUGUGAUAUAUGUUGUAAAAGAUGUUCCUCAAAGUCAGACCUAAAUAGGCACAUGAGAAGUCACACAGGUGAAAAACCGUUUGGUUGUGAUGCAUGUGGUAAAAGAAUUUCCUCAAAGUCCGGUUUAAAAAAACACAUAAAAAUCCAUGCAGGAGAAAAACCUUAUGGUUGUGAUGAUUGUGGGAAAAGAUUUUACGUUAAGUCACGUUUAAAUAUACACAUGAGGAUCCACACAGGUGAGAAACCUUUUGGUUGUGAUUAUUGUGAAAAAAGAUUUUACAUUAAAUCACGUUUAAAUAUACACAUGAAAAUCCACACUGGAGAGAAACCUUUUGGUUGUGAGGUGUGUGGUAAAAGAUGUUGCUUAAAAUCAGACUUAAACAGACACAUGAAAAUCCACACCAGAGCUGUGAUCCUUCUGGAAAAACAAGAUAAGAUGAGAUAAAAAAAAACUUUAAUGUCCCAUAAUGUGGAAAUUUGGUGGUGACAGUGCCAAAAAGGCAGUUAUACACCAAAUAAUUAACAAAAAAACUAACGUUAAAUUUGUUGUAAGGCCACACAGAAUUAACUUAUCAGAAAGGCCAUAAUACGUUUUUUACACCAGAGUAAGUAUUGCAAAGUUAUUGAUAACAUGGCACAUCAGGAAAAAAAUAAUUAUUACAAGUAGACUGGAUGAUUUUUGUAGAAUUGUAAGAAACACCCAAAAUUAAAUCAGAGUAAGUAUUGCACAAUUAUUCCCAAUAUGGUAUAUUCAGGUACAAAUGAGACAUUAAAGGUAGAGUGGAUGGUUUUUACAAAAAUUUAGGUAAGAAACAUACAAAUUCCUUUUUUGAAUGUGCGCAUUCCCAAGAUAUUACCUGCUCUUCCACUCCUCAGGAGGAUUAUGUGAAAAAUCUUCCAAAUGCACUCUAAUCUUAUUUCUUUCUUAUGAGGCCUUCCUCUCCUCAUAAAAUUGUAAGACAGCUUGCUUCUUGUCCUCAGCUAUUUUCAAAGUGUAUGGUCAGAGCAGCGGAGCUACAAUGAAUGGCAAUCCCCAAAGCUAACUGGAUACAUAAAUACUAGAACUGCGCAUGCACAGGCAGUAAGCGGAAACUAAGAGGAGCAUGCUUGCACAUUAUCUUUUUUGAGUGCAUCACAAUGAUUGGCAUGUGGGACAACUAAUAGAUAAGGUUAUCCCCCGGAACUCAAAGCCGAAAAACACCUCUCACACCUUUAAGUUAAACAGAGGAAAAGCAGCAGCCAAUUUACACAACAAUGUGAGAAAAUAGCUUGAUAAAUUUGUAGGCAACAUGUUGAAGUAGCUAAGCCAUGUGUACACAAGUGUACAGUAACAUCUAAGAGACUACUGAUAGCCAGGAAGGAAAUGCAGCAUUCAGUUAACUAGGGGAAUUACAGCAGCUGAUUGACACGAUGAUGGGAGAAGAACGUGCAGUAUGCAUGAUUGUACUAGCAACAUCCAUAGUAGCAAAAAGUGCAAAUGGACAUCAUUAGCUGAGAAAAAAUGUAAAUGAAACCGUUCAAACAUUAGCAUGUUGUAAAAACAUAUUGAGUUUGUUAGAAGCAGCAGAGAUUAUAACAAUAGCUGGGAUGAAGAACGACUGUCUCCCCUGACCCUUUUCGUAAAGCACAUCAGUGUUAUGGCUCCUGUCAAGUUUAUUAUUAACAUUAGCACACAGGUACUUAUAAGUGUCAAGUGUUUACCGGCAUCAGUGAGGUGGAUCUGCACCUGUUUUCCCUACAUUCAACCUGAGAUGGUUCUGCUGGCACCAGUCAACAGAGCUCUGUAUCCACUCUCUGUACUCUGCGUCAUCCUUAUCUUUGAUGGUACAUAGUAUGGCAGAGUCAUCCGAGAACUUCUGAAGGUGGCAGCCUUGGGAUCAGAUGGAGUAACUGCAGUGUAGACAAUGAACAGAAAUGCUGCCACCGCCGUUCUAGUACUCUUGUAUUGGAAAUCAACCUGUCAGAGACACUGUCUGGUGUCCUUACAUCCUGGGGUUGACCAGUGAGGUAAUCCAGUAUCCACUACGACAUGUGGUGGUCCACAACUGACCGCUCCAGCUUGUUCUUCGAAUCAUUGAUGAAUGGUGUUGAAAUUAUAGAACAUGAUUCUAAUGGUUCUCCCAGGAUUUUCCAGGUGGGCCAGAGCUCAGUGUAGGAUGGUAUCAUUCAACUCAAUGGCAAGCUGGUAGGCAAACUGCAGUGGAUCCAAUGAACACCUCACCAGGGGCUGAAGAUGGUUGAGAAACCUUAUGAGAGUCAUGUCAGCGCUACCGGCAUGUAGCUGUUGUGAUCUUUUGGGUGAACAAACUUAGACAGCUGAUUUGCACUGCCUUCAGUAGCCUGGAGCUGAUGUCAUCUGGACAUGAAGCCCUCCUCACUAUGGUUUUUACUGCCAGAAUGGCAGUUUUUGUAUUUUAUUUGCGUUAUGUAGAUUUGUGGCUGCACAGUGGCGCAGUGGGUAGCGCUGUUGCCUUGC